UGCCGCUGCUGUGCCGCCAUUGCUGGAGCUGCCACCGCUGCCGCCACCACCGUUGCCACUCACCGCCGUUGCAACUGCCGAUCGUCGCCACUCCAUGAUUUUUGAUUCUCAUUUUCGAGAAACAAUACCAAAUAUCAGCGAUCAACAAAUUGAGCAAAUGCGAGAGCGAGAACUGGCUAAUUGGUUAAAAGACUAUGUGGGAAGGAACGAAGUUGAUAACUGCAUUUAUCAAAUAGCUCAAGGGCCCAGCCGAAAAGUACAAUCAUAUAAAGGAUAUUUUGUGAAUGGAUUUAAAUUUCAUCGACAUGAUUAUGGCAGAGAGCGAAAAACAUUAAAUAGUGGUGUAUGGGUCAAAGGAAGUUGUUAUAAUGAAUAUGAAAGUGAUUACUAUGGCUUGCUGAAUGAGGUAUUAGAAUUAGAGUACUUUGGAGAGAAAAACAAGAUAAUCCUUUUCAAGUGUGAAUGGUUUGACACUAAUAGAGGGGUAAGGGUCCAUCCUCAACAUGGUCUUGUGGAAAUCAAUGUCAAAUUAAGGCUAGCAUCAUCUGAUCCAUUUAUUUUAGCUCAACAAGCUCAUCAAGUUUGCUAUAUUAAAUAUCCUAAAAUCAAUAAAGUCAGAGUUGACUGGUGUGCGGUUUUCAAAACCAAAGCUAGGAGCACUUACAAUAUUGGACCUUCCAUGGUUAACAACAAUUCAAAUGAGCAAAACUCCAAUGAUGUUGCUUAUCAAGAGGAUGAUGUCUCAAGACCUCAAGAAAUUGUACCAACAACCGAACUUGAUGAUCCCACAAUGUUACUUGAUUCAAGUAGUAUGGUUGAGGUGGAUGUUAAUGAAUUGCAACAAGUGCAACAACCACUUGAAGUGGUGGAAGAUGAAGAUGAGGAUGUAGAGGAAGAGGAAGAGGGAGAGGAUGAAGAAGAGGAAGAAGACACUGAAGAGUCAGAUGACGAUUUAGAAGUUGAUGGUAUUGAUAGUGAUGAUGAUGUCAACUUAGAAGAUGAUUCUGAAUGAUACAUUAUGCCUCGAAGAGCAGUAUCAUCUAGAGGUAGAGGACAUAGCCAGCAGCUCUCUAUGAAUGAAACAAAUAAUCCAACUGCAGAUUGUACUUCUCUAUCAGAUGAUUCAACAAAUUCAUAGAUUAGUUUUUAGUUUUAUGAACAUUGUUAAGUAUUAUUCAUUUAUUUUAA